UGGCUUGCUUCUGCUGGGCUAAGUGCAGGUUGUAGCUUUGCAUUUGUUUGCUGGUUUCAGGCUGAGUUCAAUUCUGGUUGUAUCUAGAUAGGGUGCUAUGUUCUGUUUUUGGUGUUUGCAGUGGCUGUUUUCUUUUGUUCUUACAGGUGUUAUCUGUUGGGGUCUACUCCUUUCUGUAUGUUGCAGCUUCUUUUCUUUGUUGGCUGGCAGUUCCAGUGUUUCUGCUGCUCUGUUAUGUCCUGAUGUACUGUUGUUUUAACUGUUGUGGAGAGUACUUUCUAGCUGCAGAUCUGCUUAAUGCAGGUGCUUGUUCGUGUUGAGCCACUUACUGCAGUUUGGGUGUUGUUGUGUUUGUUCGGGUGCGGGCCGUGCACCCUUUCCUGUUGUCUUGUUUCUUUGUUUGACUUUUGAUUGUUUCUACCUUUUGGUAAAUGUGUUAAUGGAUUGAAAUGUUCGACCUUUUGUAAGUCUGUAAGUUCUGCUCAACCUGCUAAGGUUGAAAGUUAUCAUUAACAUGGCCUUUAACGUGCUUUCAUAAAACAAUUUUCAUUGCAUGAAGAAACCUGGAUUGUAUACUCUGAAUAUAAUCCAGUUAUUUAAUGUAGAUUUGAUAAAUACUCUGUAGUUCUCUUGUAUGGAGCCACCUUAAUCUUGGGACUUCUACGUUGUUAUGUUCCCCUCGUGGCUGAGACAAGGAAAAUGAGAUGGGGUUUUGGGUAAGAAAAUGAAUGGAUGUUAAAGAAACUCGUAUGUGGCUGUCUUAAAAUAGGCUUAAAUUUUGCAGAAUGGUCACUGAAUAUGAACAUAACCUGGUUCUUGUUUUUGUGGUCUCUAACUUUUGUUAUAUGCCUAUUUCAGCAUUAUAUGCUAGUUGUUUAGUGGGGAACUUUGUGGAACAACUAUGGAAUUUUGCUUGGCCAGCUGCUAUUGCAAUGAUCCAUCCAAGCCUUCUUCCUGUUGCAGUCAUGAGCUGUUUUUACUAAGCUUGCAGUUAUUCUUGGAGGGCCAUUAGUUGGAAAACUUAUGGAUCAUUACCCUAGAGUACAUGCAUUUAAUUUUCUAAGCUUUAUCCAGGCAAUUUCCCAGCUGAUGUCUGUGGCAAUGAUUAUUCAUGCUCAUCAAGUUCGGUAUGUUGUUGUGUCAUCUGUUCUACUUCGUCCGUGGUUUAUUAUUCUUGUUUUUGCGAGUGCAAUUGAGCGAUUGUGUGGGUUAGCUUUGGGCGUAGCCAUGGAGCGUGACUGGCUUGUACUGCUAGCUGGGACCAAUCGACCUAUUGCACUUGCUCAGGCUAAUGCUGCUAUCAAUCGAAUUGAUCUUCUGUGUGAGUAUUUUAACAAAGCUCUUAAGCUAGCUCAAGGAGAUGGUCGGUUACCUCAGUUCACUCCUGUAGACGAACUGUCCUGUUACCUCAGUUUACUCCUGCAGACGAACUUCCUUGUUGCUGCAGAAGCUCCGGUUGCUGCUGCUGCAGAGUCACCUGUUGUUGCCGCUACAUAGGCUCUUUGAUUUUUAUUUUAUU